AUGAUUGAUCAUGUUUACUUUCAAACUCCAGAUUCUCCUUGGAGUCCCAGCAUUAAUGUUCCCUCUGACCUGAAGGAGCAUCAGUCUGUCACUGUAACCUGCUCAGCUUUCACUCCCUGUCCACACUCACCUCCUGAACUCACCUGGAAUCUCCAACAAGACUCUCUCAGACAAACAGAGAAAAACACAGAUGGAACCUUUACAACUAAAAUCCAGGAGAACAUCACUCUGUCAGACACACAUGAUGGAUACAACAUCAGAUGUUCUGCCAGAUAUCCUGUGAUUGGAGGAAACAAGACAGCAGAGACAGAAGUGACUCUCAGUGUUUCAUAUGCUCCUAAAGACACCUCAGCAUCCAUCAGUCCAUCAGGUUUGGUGUCAGCAGGUAGCUGGGUGGAGCUGAACUGCUCCAGCAGAGCCAAACCUCCACCCAGAUUCACCUGGUUCAGGAACAGCAAACAUGGAGUCACUAAAGCAGCUGUGGGCCAGGUUUACAUUCUCCAGAUGACCAACAUGACAGACAUGGAAAGAUAUUUCUGUGAGGCCACAAAUACUCUGGGGAGUCAGACAUCAACAUGGAGUCAUUUGAAAGACCACGAUAAUCAAGUGAGUGCGUUAAGUGGCCACAUCACAGUGAAGAUUGUGGGGAUAGUAAUUCUCUGUGGUUCAGUGUUUGUCUUUGAGUGUUGGUUUAGAUCAAGAUUUCCCGGCAAACCAAAGAAGCACCUGUACAACGUACAAUGUCCACAGGAAACAGAAGAUGAGGAUGUCAACAGAGUGAUGGAGAUUCAGACAUCAUGA